AUGGCUCCAACUAAAAUAGAAGAUUACUCUCUAAAUGAAAGAGAAAAUAUUAUUAAAAAUUUGAAAAGUAAUUCAAAUGUUAAACUAGAUAAUGUCAUGAAAUGUUUAUACAACAAAGAUAUUACCAUCAAAAGAAACCCCCCAAUUGCUGAAUUAUACGAAGAUGGUUUGAAAGAAGAUUCAACCACUUUAUCUUCCACUGGUGCUUUAAUGGCCUACUCAGGUGUCAAAACUGGUAGAUCUCCAAAGGAUAAGAGAAUUGUCGAAGAACCUUCUUCAAAGGAUAACAUAUGGUGGGGUCCUGUCAACAAACCAUGUUCAGAAUUAACCUGGUCCAUCAACAGAGAAAGAGCAAUCGAUUAUUUGAACACUAGAAAAAUCUUGUACGUCAUCGACGCUUACGCAGGCUGGGAUGCAAAUUACAGAAUUAAAAUCAGAGUUGUUUGUGCAAGACCAUACCACGCCCUAUUCAUGAACAACAUGUUAAUUAGACCAACCACUGAAGAAUUAGAAAAUUUCGGUGAACCUGAUUUUACCAUUUGGAAUGCUGGUUCAUUCUAUGCCAACUCUUUAACCAAAGAUAUGACUUCGAAAACUUCUAUUGAAAUUAACUUUAAGUCAAUGGAAAUGGUAAUCUUAGGUACCGAAUACGCUGGUGAAAUGAAAAAGGGUAUUUUCACUGUCAUGUUCUACUUAAUGCCUGUCUAUCACAACGUUUUAACUUUACAUUCUUCUGCUAACCAAGGUGUUAACAAUGGUGAUGUCACUUUAUUCUUCGGCCUAAGUGGUACUGGUAAGACAACUUUGUCUGCCGAUCCACACCGUGAAUUGAUUGGUGACGAUGAACAUUGUUGGUCAGAUCAUGGUGUCUUCAAUAUUGAAGGUGGUUGUUACGCUAAAUGUAUUGGUUUAACUGAAGAAAAAGAACCAGAAAUUUUCAAUGCAAUUAAAUUUGGUUCAGUAUUAGAAAACUGUGUUUACGAUGAAAAUACUCAUGUUGUCGAUUAUGAUGAUAGCAGAAUUACAGAAAAUACAAGAUGUGCUUACCCAAUUGACUUCAUCGAAAGUGCAAAGAUUCCAUGUUUGACUGAUAAACACCCAACUAAUUUGAUCCUGCUAACUUGUGAUGCUUCUGGUGUUCUACCUCCUGUUUCAAAAUUGACUCCAGAACAAGUUAUGUACCACUUUAUUUCUGGUUACACAUCAAAGAUGGCAGGUACUGAACAAGGUGUCACUGAACCAGAACCAACCUUCUCUGCAUGUUUCGGUCAACCAUUCUUAGCAUUACAUCCAAUGAAAUAUGCUCAAAUGUUAGCUGAUAAGAUGAACCAUCACAAAGCUUCCGCUUGGUUGAUCAACACUGGUUGGACUGGUGCCUCAUACACAGCUGGCGGUAAGAGAUGUCCAUUGAAGUACACAAGAGCUAUUUUGGAUGCAAUCCACAAUGGUUCUUUGGCUAACGAAGAAUAUGAAACAUUGCCAGUAUUCAACUUGCCAAUUCCAAAGAAUGUCGAAAACGUCCCAAGUGAAUUAUUGAACCCAUCAAAGACAUGGAGUGAUCCAGAUGUUACUUAUUCACAAGCUGUUAAGAAAUUAGGUUCAUUAUUUGUUCAAAAUUUCACCAUCUAUCAAGAUCAAGCUACCGACGAUGUCAUUGCAGCUGGUCCAGCCCUAUAA